CGCUCCAGUCCCUCACAUCACACUAACCAGACCAGACCCAGAUCUAAAUCAGGACCAGACCAGGACCAGACCAGGACCAGACCAGGACCAGACCAGGACCAGACCAGGACCAGACCAGGACCAGACCAGGACCAGACCAGGACUAGGCCAGGACUAGACCAGGACCAGACCAGGACUGGACUGAAGACCUACUUUCAGAGGAGUCAUGCUGUUCAAGAUCAUUGUGGACAAAGCCAAGAAGCACCCGGGCCUCGUGCCACAGGUUUUCUUCAUCUGCUUGGGGAUGGGUGGAGCUUUUGUCUACCUGCUCCGAUUGGCCAAGGGACCCCAUGUGACAUGGAACAAGACCAAGAACCCUGAGCCCUGGAACAAGCUGGACCCUACGUAUCAGUACAAGUUCAUGGCCAUCACCACAGACUACAAGAACCUGAAGAAGGAAGGGCCCGACUUCUGAGCAAGUCCCAAGCAUUACAGAUGUCCCCAGAGACAUGUCCUUCAUCUGUCCACUGUGUGUCUCUGACCUGGCCACUGUGAGACAUAGCUCUGACCUGUCCACUGUGAGACAUAGCUCUGACCUGUCCACUGUGAGACAUGUCUAUGAACUGUCCAACAUGAGACGUGUCUGUAAACCUGACCUUGACCAUGUCUCAGAUCUGGACAUGUCCCUGGAUGCAGCACUAUGGUUGUUCCCUGCUCUGGAGGAUGUCCCAUUAAAGGACAGGUCAAAUAUUAAAGCGGUCUGUCCUGUGCUUCUGUCCCUGUCACUUUGAGACUUGUUGGACCAAAAUAGAAGUUUUAUGUAUUGUGUGUAUUGUUCAGUAUCAUAUAGUUGAAUGACGGAGUUGUACAUGUUUUUAUUGUGUCAUAAUGAUCAUAAUGGAAGAAAUGUGUUUAAGUCGUGGAAGAAUGUGUGAAAAUAACCAAAC